GCCAGCACUGCAGCGACGCUGUGAGGCCACUUCGGCGUGUUUCCUCUCAGUUUACAUUCUUCUGACUAACACUUGGCUGAAGGCACACGGGAUGCCGGGAAUGUCCUACUUGUGUCUUUGUGCCAUUUCUUUCACACGUUAGAAGAAGACUGUAAGCCUCGGCCGAUGGAGCCAACGCCUCAACCUGAACACGGAGCGACCGUGAAGGUGACCAGCGAGCAGCUUGCUGCGAUUGACGAUGAGGACGUCCUCAACAAGAUGUUGGACAAUGCUGGAGAAUUUGAAGAGAGGCGACUCAUCCGUGCUGCGUUGAGGGACCUGUUGAAGAAGAAGCGAGACAAACGGGAGCAGGAGCGAGGGUCCCGUCAGCAGGACUUGAGGCAGCGCGGCCUGAGCAAAGAACCCACGCCAGGGGGUGGAGUCCGGGGCUCAGCGAGGGCAACCGUCAACCAGCAGCCUGCAACAAACAGUCGACCAGCCUACUCCAUGACAGCAGGCGGUCAAGCCAGUCCUGCUCAAGCCACCCAGAAAUGCCCCCCCUCUGCAGUCCCCAACGCUAAAAACGUCAAACAGAUGCUUCUGGACUGGUGCAAGGCCAAAACAGAGCCAUAUGAGGGAGUGGACAUCCACAACUUCUCCUCCAGCUGGAAGGAUGGCAUCGCCUUCUGCGCUUUGGUGCACCGCUUCUUCCCCGAAGCUUUUGAGUAUUCCACCCUGAACCCUAACAAGGCCAUGGACAACUUCCAGCUGGCGUUCAGUACCGCAGAGAGGCUGGCCGGCUGUCCCCCACUGCUGGACCCCGAAGACUUGGUCCGGAUGAAGGAGCCCGACUGGAAGUGCGUUUACACGUACAUCCAAGAGUUCUACCGCUGCCUGGUUGAAAAGGGCCUGGUCAAAACCAAAAAGAGGGCUUAAGUCUCUUGGCUGGACAUUCGCAUUUAAACAAAGUCAAGUAGACACACUCGGUUUGCCGUGAAGAAAUGGAAGGCAUAGCUUUGGAACGUGAUCAUUAAUGGACCCUUGAUCAGGUACAUCCACACUGACAGAGUGCAAAAUCUGAUUUUACAAACAAUAAAAUGCAGUUUGGAUUGACAC